UGGAGAGAUAGAGAGCGCAUUACGUAAACAACAUCGAAACCAGACAAAAGGCCAAAAGCCUCGGGUAAUGCUUGGGUCAAAUCACGACGGGAUUCUAAAGAUUUACAUGAAUGCAAGUGAGAUAGAGAUUGGAUUCUUAGAGGUUGUAGGGAACGCAAUGGUUGUGGAUCUUAAAAAAUGUCGUGAAGAUCUGGAGAAAUUGUUUAAGGUGAUGCAGUUGUCAAUAUUUUACCAGCGACAGCACCACCUACGACGUAAUGCAACAGAAGAACAACUUGACUGCCUUCAAAGUUUUGGUGUAUUUGUGUACCAGCGCGAGACAACAAUCUACACAAUGCACCGUUAUAAAGGAGGUUUGCACAUUGUUGACAUCCUUACAAACUUCACGAUUCCGGACAACAAGGACCAGGCAUAUGUGCUAGAUGAAAUCGUAGAAAAAGUGUAUUUUUUUAAGAGCCGUGUAAUGGAUUAUUACGUUAAGUUGCAGGAAAUCUCGCGGAAGGCGCAGAAAUAUACUCCCUCAAAUGAAAAUCCGUUAGAAGCGUCACCAGCCAAAAAAAACAAUCGCAAAACGAAUCAAGGAUAG